CCAGGUAAUUGGGUUCGAAAGAACGACCGAAAGGUCAACGUGCAAAUGACAUAUUUUGAAGGGCUCAUAUGCUAAAAAAAGCUUCACGAUAAUAGGACUGUUGACUCUCUCUCCUCCUCUGCCCUCCACAUUAUUUAGCUCUUCACAAUUCUCCGUGUCGCCCAGCGGCAAAAACCUUCACGCCUCCUUUCUCCGACGCCGGAAAAUUCCUUUUAACCCCCCCUCGGGUUAUCCAUAGUUUACUUAGGAACAUGGAGCAAGACCCAAACAUGAUGCAUCAAGCUCUAAAUAAGGAUACAGAUCAAAAUAGUGAUGCUUCAUCAUCCACAAGUUCUUUUGGGGUUUCUUCUAGUAGAUUCAGUGAUGGAGGAUCCUUUAACAAUAGAGUAUCCAUUAGUCUUUCUCGUGGUGGGAGCAAUAUGAAUGUCUCGGAUGAAGGAACAAGUCAUAGGUCACUUGGUAGGAGGGCAAGCCGAGGUUCAUAUCGGAGCUCAAGCAGCCUUUCUCGAGAUGUUGGCGAUCGGAUUCUCAACUCAAUCACUCUUUCGCAUGAGUUUGCUGAAGAGAUACUUGGUGAAGUUGAUAGUUCAUUGAUUGCACAAGUGGGAGAUAGUGGAGAUCGAGUGACGAGCGAAGAUAGGAAUGAUGGGAGUCGACGCUUUUCGGUUGAUGAUCGGAGGUCUGUUGAAAAUGGGUUUUUAUCUGGGUCGCAUAUUUUGGACUCAGUGAUGACUAUUUCGCCUGUGGCUGAAGAGAAAUCCCCUCUUCCUACUGAUGCCAUACUUAUGCAGAAAGUACGAGUUCCAUCAUUCAAGGAUUACGAAUACAAGCUUCCUCAAAGAUUGGACUAUAUAUUCUAUUUGAUUCACUAUUUUGGUUAUAGUAUGCCUGAUUCUCUGAAUUUCUCUCGAAAUUUUUGUCAGGUAUUAACCAGGUACUUGCUACAAAAACUGUUCGGCCCUAGCCUUCUGGCUCUAACAGGGAGUAACACACCUUUGUACCUUGAUCUUCCAUCUAAUAUGUUGGGUUCAUUUCUGAUGGGGUGGUUCGGGGUCGUGUUCAAGCCUGAAAUACGUCAUAUUUCUGAGCAUUUAGCUAUAGGAUUAUCAACGGGAUACCUUGGAAGUGUAACAACCUUUAGUGGUUGGAAUCAGAAAAUGCUUGACUUGGCUUCCAAGGGUCACUGGGCUUUUGCUGUUGGUGGCAUCAUAUUCGGUAUGAUGAUCGUGAACGAAAGCAUCAAAAUUGGGGUUGAAUCUGCAGAGGGACUCCAUAAAAGACUCAACCAAAGUUCAGUCACAACUGGAUGCAGCCUCGAUCUGUGGAGAAUAAAUAAUCGCAAGAGGCAUAUAACGGUUAUGACACUUAUAUUACUAUUACUUGGCUCUUUGUGGGGUUUAAGUGGUGCAUUGGCGGGUAAAAAGUUGGAUAAUGCGACCGAUGGUGCUGUUCUUUGGUUGGGCUGCUUGGUGGGCCCACCCGGUGUUUGGGCUCGAUGGUACUUAGCGAGGCUUAACGGGCAAGGGUUUGGAAAAAAAGGAUGGCUCAAGUGGCUGCCUACUGGAACGCUGACUGCCAACAUUCUUGCAGCAUCUCUUAUGGCAGCCCUUUCGACAAUAAGUAAAGCGGUGGACACUAAAAGAUGCACGAUCCUUGUGAGUGGGGUCCAGUUGGGUUUCCUUGGCUGUAUGAGCACAGUUUCUACCUUCGUUGCCGAAGUAUAUGCAAUGAGAGAGAGUGGACAUAGUGGGAGAGCAGUAGCUUACACUAUGGCAACCAUCCUACCUUCAUUUGCUAUAGGAACUCUUAUUUACUCAGUUCCAGUUUGGACGAAACAUUACAGUUAGUUUAUCCAUCUCUCCGCAGAAAAAAAGGGGAAGAGAAAGGUCUUAUCGUUCAAUGAUCAUUAUUGUGCGGCUGAUAUUCUCUUCAGCUGUAUUUAUAGAGGGGGAGCGUCCAGAAUCUUCAAUGAUCAUUAUUGACCUUCUUCUCUGUCCAAAUGCAGACUGAAUAUACGGUUAACUGCACAUGCUCCCCUGUCGUAUCGAAGCUUUGCACUUACUACUCCUGUAGUUGGUUCAUUGUUACACAUAGGCUCCCCGGUUUUUUUUUAUUUUUAUUUUUUAUUUGUGAUCUUUUUGUCCACAGAUAGACCCUCUAAUUUCUUGCAAGAGAAACAUCAUCCAACUUUUCACAUAAGGGUAAAAGAGCCAAAAAUAUGUAACCCGUGGGUCUAUGUGCAAAGUGAAACUACAGGGGUAGUAAAUGCAAAAUAAUAACUCUACAGGGGGCCUAUGUAGAAAUAACCCUUCAAUAUAUGACUUAAAAAUUAUUUGUAAAGAUUGUGAUGGUGCUGGAUGAAACGGCCGCGUCCUUCAAGCAAUUUGUAUCUUAUUUUUGCAUUCGGUCAAUCGUGGACAAGGAGUCAGUUCAGCUCAGGUGAACUCGAGGAAAGGCCUUAGUUUGAGAUCUAUUGAUGGGUGGAACUUCUGAGGUUAACGAAAAGAAAAUAAAAGUAUGGGUUUUGUUAAUGGUUUGUAUAUCCUGAUUAAUCCGUUCGUUUCAGUACAAAUUUGUGAAUUGGGUCUUGCUGAUCUCAAAGAAGCUUUUAUUGUUCAGAUCAGUUAAAUUUUGCGCAAGAUCUCUCGUACAUUCAAAUUACGGAUAUAUGCAAGUUAAUUGAAUGGAACAUGAAACCCAGAGGAAAUCAACUCAAAUUUCUCUGGCAUGCUUCAUAGCAUUGUAUAUGAAAUUUGGAUAUGUUUGCCAAAUAAUGUUUGUGAAGUUUUCAGAUGAUAAAUUAGUAAAUUUCAAUAUGGAUUUGAAAGCGAGAUUAUUUGAUUA